CUCCACUAAUCCUUUACGCACGCGGUGCAACCUUCUUUUUCCUCCUCUGGUAUCUGGAGCCACGGGCUACACCUGUAACCGAAUUCUGAACCGUUUUCAUUCCAUCUUUCUGAAGGAAUCAAGGCUUCAGAAAAAGAAAAACAGAUUGUGGACCCCCAGAUCUCCCUUAGCCCCGUGCCAUGUCACUGCGUCUGGAGCGGAACGCUCGUGUGUGACUGUGAGUUAGGCAGUAUGGUGGUGCGCCACAUGUUUGUGUAAGUUUGCUUCCAAGUUCCGAAAGGAUCGCCUCCUAUUUUUUUGUCGGAGGUUUGGGUUUUUUAAAGGGAAAGAGGGAGAAAGAGGGGGGAAAACAAGACAAUUAAAAAGAUUGACAGGUAGGCUCCUCUGUCAGGGGUGACGCUUGUGGAGAGGGGAGGAGUAAAAAUGUAGCAGGAAAAGCCACUCGAUGCGUCUGUCUAUCAGUUGAGAGUGUCUGAAACAGCUUGUAGAUCCACAGCUUUUCCAUGUUUUUCCCGGAUCUGUCCCUAGAGUUUUCUUGUCUUGUUUUUUUUCCUCAAAGAGAAACAUUUUCCCAUCCAUGUGGGUCUGAUCUGUUCUUAGCGAGGCUCGGAUGCUUUUCUCUGAAGUAAAAUCUCGCAUCAGCUCCAAAAGAAAGGAAGAGAUGCGAUCAGAAUCGUUUUCCUAAAACGUCUCUGGCAGCACAAGAGAAGAAACACAAGGAUUUAUUUCUCACCAAGAGUUGUGCUCUGCGCUCACGCGGGACUUAUUUGUUAGAAAUCUUGGUUUUGAAAGAUUUUUUUUUUUUGGUGUGCGUAAAAGCGCGCAGCGAAGUGACUCUCGCUUCCACGGAGGACUGGAGAUCCGGGGGGAUUUUUUUCUCCUCUUCCCAGAGGAAGUGAAGUUAAAAGUGCUUCUUGAUCUGUUUGAUUUUUCCUUUUUCAACUCUGCAACUAUAAAAGAUGAAGGAAGAUGAUCUUUAGUGGACACGAGGGUGAGCUUAUUCUCCCAGAAGCAGAUCCAGAGAUCACAUCCGCGGCGAGAGUUUGAACUGAAGAAGACCCGACACUUUCAUCUCCCCCCUGCCGAUAAAAAGAGAAAAAAAAAAUCACCCCCGUCCUGUGUUCUUCUUGCUUUCCCGAAUUCGGGAUGAUUUUUCCAAACUGAUAGACCCGAUCUGUCUGCGUUUCCUGCAUGAGAAGCACCGUGGAACGGGACGGUCACUAUGCCGAGGAGAAAGCAGCAAGAGCCGCGGCGAUCAGCAGCGUACAUGCCCGAGGAUGAGCUCAAGGCAGCCGAUCACGACGAGGAGGAGCACCUUCAGGAUGACGGCCUAUCAUUAGACGGUCAGGACGCCGAGUUCCUGUGCAACGAGGAAGAGGAGGAUGUGGAUGGAGGCCAGCCGCCUAGCUACAGAGACUCCCCGCUCAGUAACGGCACUAACCCUGAUGCUGGAUAUGGAUCUCCGCUCAGCGACGCCAGUGACCGACUUGCAGACUUUAAGAGCCCCUCCUACAGGGAUGGUCAGGAGAGGGAAGGCGCUGCACUUCCCUCUCCCUUCCGUCCCAGUAACGGCCUGUCCUUCCAGGACAGUCUGGCACGGAUGAACGCUGUCUAUGCAAACCUCAUUUCAGAGGCCUCUUGGUCAAGCCUCACCAUGGACAUCAUGAAGUCUAAGUCUGCUGCAGCUGGCAGUGGCAAUGGUGCCCCAAACUCUGCAGAGCCUGUUUCUACUGCCUCUGCCUCUACAACAACCACCAUUAACAAGAGCAGUGGUGGCAGCGUGGCUAACAGUCACCACAAUGGCAGGAGCUCCUCCUCCACUGUCAACCACACAAGCAACGUGAGUGCCACUAAUGGCACUGCAGCUAGCUCUGUUAGCAGCCACAGUGCCUCCAGCAGCAGUGGGAGCAGCAGUGGUGCAGCCAGUAACGGUAGCGGAAUCACUUAUGACUGGCACCAAGCGGCACUUGCCAAAACCCUUCAGCAGACCCCAUACCACCUUUUACCUGAGCCCAGCCUCUUCAGCACGGUGCAGCUCUACCGGCAGAACAACAAGCUGUAUGGCUCUGUCUUUACUGGUGCAAGCAAGUUUCGCUGCAAAGACUGCAGCGCUGCCUACGACACACUGGUGGGUCUGACGGUCCACAUGAACGAGACAGGCCACUAUCGAGAUGACAACAAGGACAAAGACGAGGAUCAGGGCAAGCGCUGGUCCAAGCCACGCAAGCGCUCCUUGAUGGAGAUGGAAGGGAAGGAGGAUGCUCAGAAGGUGCUGAAGUGCAUGUACUGUGGUCACUCUUUUGAGUCCCUGCAAGAUCUCAGCGUUCAUAUGAUCAAGACCAAGCAUUACCAGAAAGUGCCUCUAAAAGAACCAGUGCCAGCCUUGGCUACAAAGUUGGUGCCAACGUCAGCUAAAAAACGCGCUAUUCAAGACGCUCUAGCUUCGCCCUGCUCCCCAGACUCUGUCCACGUUGGCAGCGGUGUCGGCAGCAUUCCUCUGAGCGACGCAGGCAAAGACACGAAAGCUACUGCUAAUCCCUACGUGACUCCGAACAAUCGAUAUGGCUACCAAAACGGUGCGAGCUAUACAUGGCAGUUUGAGGCACGGAAAGCUCAGAUACUCAAAUGCAUGGAGUGUGGGAGCUCACACGACACACUCCAACAGCUAACUGCCCACAUGAUGGUCACAGGGCACUUUUUGAAGGUUACAAACUCUGCAUCUAAGAAGGGCAAACAGCUAGUCUUUGAUCCAGUGGUGGAAGAGAAGAUCCAGUCUAUUCCAUUACCACCAACCACAACCAGACUCCCAGUUCCUAGUAGUGUUAAGUCCCAACCAGUGUCCCCGGCCCUCUCCUCUGCAUCAGAGGAAAAAAGGGAAGGGGGGGACGAGGAAAAAGUUGAAAGCUGUGAGCCAGUGGAUAAAAAAAUCAAAGAGGAAAAGGAUGACGCAAGUGAGAAAUCGGAGAAUGAUAUCACGUCAUAUAAAUACCUCAGAGAAGAAGAUCUCGAGGAGGCACCGAAAGAAGGUUUGGACAUUCUGAAAUCUCUUGAAAACACAGUAUCCAGUGCCAUCAGCAAGGCCCAGACAGGCGCACCCACAUGGGGGGGCUACCCCAGCAUUCAUGCCGCCUACCAAUUGCAGGGGGCCAUGAAGAGCUCUGCCACUGUUCUGCCCCCAACCGUCCAAAGUGUUCAGAUGCAGCCAAUGUUCAACAGUGGGCUACGAGGUCUUGUGAGUGACCCCAACUCUGUCAUCCAGUCCCCUCAUAGCCCUUCUUCUCCUACACCCCUGAGGAGCAAUGUCACUGCCAUGGAGGAGCUUGUGGAGAAAGUGACGGGCAAAGGUGCCACCGUCAAGAAGGAAAAAGAGGAGAAGGUGGUGAGCAUGGAACGAUGCAGGCCUCCAUCAUUAGGCAAGUCUCCUUCUCCUGCACUGAGAGAGCAGCUACCGUCUCCCAACGAUCUUUCUGUAGGAAAACCAUCUGGUUUGAGAAGUAGCAGCCCCGGAAGUGUGGAUUCAGAUCUAAUCUGUAAGAAGGAACCCAAAGAGAGUCCUGUAGAUGGCCACAACAGUCACUCUAAGAAUGGUUCUGAUGCAUGCCAAUCCCCUGUAACCAAUGGCUGUAACAGUCUCGGCAUCAUCACAGAUCACUCACCUGAAAGCCCUUUCGUCAACCCUCUCAGUGCACUCCAGUCGAUCAUGAACACGCACCUGGGGAAGGCGUCCAAGCCCAUAAACCCAAGUGCAGAUCCUCUGUCUAUGCUGUAUAAAAUCAGCAACAGCAUGAUGGAUAAACCCGCUUUUAAUGCCAUUCCUCAGGGCAAACCAGCUGAGCCCAUCAACCACUACCAGCUGUACGAAAACAACGAUCAGCCUAUAGAUCUAAGUAAAAAUAAGUCUAACACUAACAGCAGCAGUAAAAGCAACACCAGCGUGCUGGUGAGCAACAGCAGUGUAAACGGCAACAAACCCCUAGUUUCCCCGCCUGAGUCUGUCUCCUCUCCUCUGCGAGAGAACGCUCUGAUGGAUAUUUCUGACAUGGUGAAGAACCUCACAGGUAGGCUGACGCCCAAGUCUUCAACGCCCUCCUCCAUUUCGGAGAAGUCAGAUGCUGAUGGCAGCACGUUCGAGGACGCUUUGGAGGACCUCUCACCGGUGCAGAAGAGGAAAGGGAGGCAGUCCAACUGGAAUCCGCAGCAUCUCCUCAUCCUGCAGGCUCAGUUUGCCUCAAGCUUAAGGGAGACUCCCGAGGGCCGCUACGCCAUGACUGAUCUGGGCCCUCAGGAGAGGGUCCAUAUCUGUAAAUUUACAGGCCUCUCCAUGACCACCAUAUCUCACUGGCUGGCUAACGUCAAAUACCAGCUGAGACGGACUGGGGGCACCAAGUUCCUGAAGAACAUGGACUCGUGCCAGCCUGUGUUCCUCUGUAGUGACUGUGCCUCCCAGUUCAGGACUCCCUCCUCCUACAUCAGCCACCUGGAGUCUCACCUGGGCUUCAGUUUGAAGGACCUGUCCAAGCUGUCAGCUGAGCACCUACGGGAGCAGCAGGCUGCCUCAAAGGUGAUCACAGACAAAAUGACAUUCGGCAGCCCCCUGUCAGCCUUGUCCACGCCGGAGGACGACACAGGCUCGGUGUACCAGUGCAGACUCUGCAACCGGACAUUCGUCAGCAAGCACGCAGUCAAACUGCACCUCAGCAAGACCCAUGGCAAGUCUCCAGAGGACCACCUGGUUUUUGUCACCGCUCUGGAGAAACUGGAGAAGCUGGACAAAAUGGAGAAAGUUUAAUCAUGAAAGCAUGUGAGCCACUGAGGGGAGAGACUGACAGCUGUGGAACUGACUAGAAUUUCAUUGCACUAAAAAGACAUUGUUCACAGUUACUGCACUGGGCCGAGUGAGCCACCAGAAAAAUAUCAGUCUUACUAUUUUUAGUUGUGACAACUGCCUGACUGGACCAUGUCUUUUAAUGUGUUUCUUUUAUUUUCAUUCGCCAAGCUUUUUUACACUUAUUUUGUAAUAUAUUUAUAUGCUAUUUGUCCGAUCUGUGCAUGUAUUUUAGUGAAACAAGGUUCAAUUUGAGAUUUUUAUCUUUUCAUGGCAAAAAUGCAACUACUGCGUCAAUGCUGAAGGUGGAGAGAGGACAGAAAGGGUGGAGAAGGAGAAAGAACCUGUACAAUACUUGAUAUGAAGAAGAUGAACAUUAAAAAGCGAAUGAGAGAAAACGCUGAAAGACUGAAGUAGCACCUUAGAUGGUUUGAAUUAUGGCGUUGUAAAGAAAUGUGUAUUAAAAUAUCAUUCAUUUGUUCAAAUCUAAUUUGAAAAGAAAAAGUCAAGUAUUUUUUUUUUUAUUCCUCUCCUUUUUUGCUUUGAUGUAUUGUUUGUUUCCCUGGCAUUUCCUUGUUUUAAAGUAUCAAUGGCCUGCUUUAAAAAAAUUAUAAAACAUUUGUGUAUUUGAUUAAAAAGUAAUAAUUUGAAGAAAAGCUGCUUCUUGGAGUCAAUCAGUGAAAGUGGACGGCCAUCAGUAUGCAAGUUUUCUGUUAAAAAAAGAAAAAUACUUUCCUUGCUGUGAAGUAUCAACUUAUAGCAAUUUUCCAGUUGUAUGGUUUGUUACCACCUUCUCUUUCUAAAUGUGUGCUGUAGAGCGAACCGUCCGUUCCAUGUACAUGCCCACCAGUGAAAUGCAAGUAAUCCAUGUGACAUAUCUUACAUUUGAAAAACAGCUCAGCAUUCUUUGUAUCUUAAGGUGUGUGCAUUCUCUAACUUUUAUACUGUCAUUUUAUAUACAAAAAGGAUAAAAAGUAAAAACAGAUGGUGUACAUAGAUAUAUGCCGUAGAGCUACGGAAAAUGUCCUUUUUUAAAGAAAAUACAAGCUUUGGCUCAGUUUACAUAAAUGGUUUUAAUUAUCCUUGCAUCCAAUUUGAUGCAUGAAAUGGUGUGGAAAAUAAAUAAAAAGCGAUGCACAAUGACUAUACCUUUCAAUGUUUUAUCGAACAUAUUGUAAAAAAAAAGGAAGAAAAACAACUUUUUAGCACCAACUAGUUUGUUUCUUUUCUUUCUCAAUUGUAAAAUAAACCCCAAAGCAGUUGGUAACAGUCGUA